GGCGGCUAGGGAAGGGGGGUGACGGGCCCCGGCUCAGCACCUCGGAGAGCUCCCUCCCCUGCCUUGUUUUGCUCCGGAAUCGCCGCCGGGGGAGGGAGCCAGGGGGCCCGGCCAGAGGCGCAGCGGCUGGAGGAUGGCCCUGGAGGGGUCGAGGGGCCCCGGCGGGCAGAGGGCCCAGCCGUGAUCCGGCGGGGGGGCCGGGGCUGCGGGCGGGUGGCGGGGGCAGCUAGAGGCGGCAGCAGUGGCUACACAUCUGGAUGGAAGCGAGCUUUGUCCAGACCACCAUGGCUCUGGGGUUGUCCUCCAAGAAAGCGUCUUCCCGCAACGUGUCUGUGGAGCGUAGGAACUUGAUCACCGUGUGCAGGUUCUCUGUGAAAACGCUGCUGGAGAAGUACACGGCAGAGCCCAUCGAUGACUCAUCGGAGGAGUUCGUGAAUUUUGCAGCCAUCUUAGAGCAGAUCCUCAGCCACCGCUUCAAAGCCUGUGCCCCAGCAGGUCCGGUGAGCUGGUUCAGCUCAGACGGGCAGCGGGGCUUCUGGGACUACAUCCGCCUGGCCUGCAGCAAAGUGCCCAACAACUGCGUAAGCAGCAUUGAGAACAUGGAGAACAUCAGCACUGCCCGAGCCAAGGGCCGGGCGUGGAUCCGGGUGGCACUGAUGGAGAAGCGCAUGUCGGAAUACAUCACCACAGCCCUACGGGACACCCGGACCACCAGACGUUUCUAUGACUCGGGAGCCAUCAUGCUGCGGGAGGAAGCCACGGUCCUCACCGGGAUGCUGAUCGGACUGAGCGCCAUAGACUUCAGCUUCUGCCUAAAGGGCGAAGUGCUGGACGGGAAGACCCCCGUAGUCAUCGAUUACACGCCCUACCUGAAGUUCACCCAGAGCUACGACUACCUGACCGACGAGGAGGAGCGGCACAGCGCCGAGAGCAGCACGAGCGAGGACAACUCGCCCGAGCACCCGUACCUUCCUCUCGUCACCGACGAGGACAGCUGGUACAGCAAGUGGCACAAGAUGGAACAGAAGUUUCGCAUUGUCUACGCGCAGAAGGGCUACCUGGAGGAGCUGGUGCGUCUGCGCGAGUCGCAGCUGAAGGACCUGGAGGCGGAGAACCGGCGGCUGCAGCUGCAGCUGGAGGAGGCGGCGGCACAGAACCAGCGGGAGAAGCGGGAGCUGGAAGGAGUGAUCCUGGAGCUGCAGGAGCAGCUGACAGGUCUGAUCCCCGGUGACCAUGCUCCCCUGGCCCAGGGUUCCAAGGACGUCACCACACGCCUGGUCAACCAAUGGCCGUCACUGGGAACACUCAAUGGGGCCGAGGGCGCCAACAACCCUAAGCUCUACCGGAGCUCUCUGCUUUGCUACAGACACAGUUUCAUGAGCACGGAGCCGCUGUCGGCUGAAGCCAGUCUGAGCUCGGACUCCCAGCGCCUGGGAGAGGGCAAGCGGGACGAGGAGCCCUGGGGCCCCAUUGGGAAGGACCCCACGCCCUCCAUGCUGGGCCUCUGCGGCUCCCUGGCUUCCAUCCCCAGCUGCAAGUCCCUGGCGAGCUUCAAAUCCAACGAGUGCCUGGUGAGCGACAGUCCCGAGGGCAGCCCGGCACUGAGCCCCAGCUGAGGAGCGGCGUGGGCAGUGCCGGUCCCCCUGCCGCCUUUCCUCACAGCCCCCCAAUCCAGGCCACCCUCCAGGGAAUGCUGCCCACUCAGCCAGGCGUCUCUCGGGAGACACCCUUUGCUUCUAGCCCGGUUCAGCUUCUUGCCCGUGGAGGCGGGAGCUGCCAAGGGAGGCAGCUUGGGCCAAGAGGCAGGGGCACCGGGGCCACAGGGAGCCCUCAGGAAGCUUAUUCUUCUGGCGACCCUGCUGCCUGGCUAGCUCCCUACCGGACUCUCCUUCGCUCAUCUCCCCGCCCUCCUCAGGAGCUGGUGGCCCAGCCUGGCACUGCCGCCUCCCUUGCCUCUCCUGUCUGUCCCUGUGUAUGCCCCCGAGUCACUCCUUCCUCAGCCCCCAGGCUGGGGGGGGGGGGCGGGGGGCAGCUACGAGGGUAGCAGGCAAAUAAAAACCAGAGGACUGCGA